ACAGCUUGGACUAUGCUUCUGACAUUGUGGUUAGUAUAUGAGUGAGUCAGACAGACUCGGAUAAAGAAACACACUUUCAUCUGUAAGUACUUUCACUUAAUGUUAAAUCGACACUUAGGACCCAUAGUGUCAGAUGAGCAUUGCUUAAGAACCACAGCCCUACCUGAAUAUUGUUGCUGACCAUGUCCACCUGUCUUCGGGUGGCUACUUCCAGCAGGACAAGAGGCCAUGUCAAUAAUGGAUGGCAGACGGAAAAACAUCCCAAACCUGGGAUUUACUUCACUGGUAGUAGGAGAAGUGCAUAUUUGCCAUACAACAAAGAGGGUAAAGACGUGCUGAAGCUGUUGAAGAAAGCAUUUGACCAGAAGCUCAUUUUCACCGUCGGGACGUCCAGAACAACUGGCAAGGUGACCUGGAAUGACAUUCACCACAAAACCGCCAUUGAAGGAGGACCAGAACGUUAUGGGUAUCCUGACCCUGAUUACCUGAGCAGAGUGAGAGAGGAGCUGAAGGCUAAAGACAUCGUGUGAACCUUGAUACAGGAUGUCUCAUCAAGCCCGGGAUAACAAUCCUCAUCCCUAACUGGCUCCCCUUCAACUGGAACCCUCUCCCUCAUCCUGCUGUUUGUUUAUCAUUUGUUAAAAGUGCUAUACAAAUAAAAUAAUGAAGAUACAAGGAGAGUAUUGUAGUGUGUGCAGCAUGAUGCGGUGUCAUUGGAUAUAAACGUGAAGAAGAAACACAACACGCUGUAAACAAAACAUGCUUGUUUGCUGUACAAUUUUUCAAAAUUUUAUUUAUAACAAUAUCUGUUAUUUUGUUUGUAAAGUACUCCAGCAAAAAUUAAACAUUAUUCUCUUUCCAGAAGAAAGUCUGAGCCUCCAUGCAUCGUGUACUAUAAAAGCUAUGUGUCAUUUAUUUUUUUUCAUUAAAAAAAGACAAUUCUGAAAAUGCAUGUAUGAUUUUGCACACAAACAAAAAAAAAGGUUCUUUAGGAAAAAUGAUUGUACU